GCGCCCUAAUUGUGUAGGACUUUUGUACAAUGGAGAGCAAAUGAAAUGCAAAUUGCUACAGCGCAACCUGAAUGAGACCAAUAAGGACGUCAAUGCCACAAAGGAUGAAUGGGAAUAUUUUCGCAAAAUUCGAAGAACGGGAGAAUGUUGUGAGGAUGAGUGGACUCCGUAUAUAAAUCAUUGCUACCGUUACAGCAACACCAAACUUUCCUGGGACGACGCCAAGACUGCAUGUGAAGAUCAAAACGCCUACCUUGUUCAGUUGGAGACGGCGGAGGAAACUUCUUGGCUAUUGACAACUAUGUUACCAAACGUCGAACUGGUGGACCGUUUUGAUCACCCUACUUGGGUAGGAGCAACAGAUUGAGAAGUUGAGGGAACUUUUAAGUGGAUUGUUGGUUAUGGUGACAUCACUUCGCUACCUUGGCACAGAGGACAACCUGACAAUUCCUAUGGCGGACAGGACUGUCUCACUGUCAUGCGCAGUGCACAGUUUGAUGACUCAAAGUGUGCUCAUGGACUGGUUUUCGUGUGCGAGAAGCAACAACCGAUUUGAAAAUCCUGAUUUAUCAAUAGAAAUAAGAAUGUGUUUUACAGAAACAUCCGGUCAUUAACUACUCCUGGGGACCUGAUCCCACCUCUGGUGUGUCAAUGGGUCCGUUUUUCUCCACUCUUUAUUUUGUAUUCGUUAUAAGAGUUAUGAUAUUGAUUGCUGUUAGUUAUAUUUACCUUUCAUAUGAGUAUUAAAAGCGGCAUGCAGAUGAUAUAAAUUCCAUUUUUCCAUCUUUAAAGUUUAAAAUCCUUAACUAAGGUAUUGAUAGUGGUAAGCAAACUUUGAAUGUCUGUGAUUUACAAGAAAGACACAUAUCUCACAAGCCUUUGUUAUCUAAACAUUGUUCGUGUCUUGUUUUUGUUUAUAUAGGUCAUAUGUAUUAGUAAAAGUUU